GGUGAGAGAGAGAGAGAGGCAUCUUGUCCUGAAGUUCACCACGCCAGAGGGCCGAGAGAAAGAAGCAGAGACGGCGGAGAAAGUGCUCGUCCUCCUCGGCGGACAAAGUGCUCUGUACAUCUCUCGAGAAUGUCCCUUUCUCUCUCAAUCGAUCGACCGCCAUCUCCAUAUCUAAGAAAUCCGAUAAAAAUCUUAACAUUCAGGUUUCCCAAUCCCGACCAUUUUCUCUGAUCCGAUUCGGCUCAGCUCCGAAACAGCAUUUCCAAGUCGGAGCGAUUUCAGAAACAAGAUUUUCGAGUCUUUCCGAAUCGCUAUUUUAAUAACAUUUGCGUUUCUGCUUAAGAUGCAGCCGUAUCGUUCAUAACCGAAAUCGAUAGAAGAAGAAGAAAAUCGUGAUUGGAGAGAUUUCAUUCGUGGCAAUGGAUUCGUUGUCUGCGAUCAGUGAGGAGCUGGCCAACAUUGAUGGAGAGAUCAAUGACAUCUUUCGAGCGUUAUCAAAUGGAUUCCAGAAACUGGAGAAGAUUAAAGACUCAAAUAGGCAGAGCCGGCAGUUGGAAGAACUUACAGGGAAGAUGCGGGAUUGCAAGAGGCUUAUCAAAGAUUUUGACCGAGAAGUUAAGGAAGAGGAAAGUAGAAAUACUCCAGACACCAACAAAAUGCUCAGUGAGAAAAAACAAUCAAUGAUUAAAGAAUUGAAUUCUUAUGUCGCUCUCAAAAAGCAGUAUGCAAGCAGUCUUGACAACAAGCGAGCUGAUCUCUUUGAUGGGCCUGGUGGUGGAGGGGGUUUUGGUGAAGAGAAUGUUCUGCUAGCUUCGUCUAUGACAAAUCAGCAGUUAAUUGAUGGUGGAAAUAGAAUGAUGGAUGAGACAGAUCAAGCAAUUGAGCGGUCGAAAAAGGUUGUUGAGGAAACCAUCAAUGUUGGGGCUGAGACGGCAGCUGCUCUAAAAGCACAGACUGAACAAAUGAGUAGGAUCGUUAAUGAGCUGGACUCGAUCCAUUUCUCAAUAAAAAAGGCCUCCAAACUGGUUAAGGAACUUGGUAGGCAGGUUGCAACUGACCGAUGUAUUAUGACCAUGCUCUUCUUAAUUGUCAUCGGAGUGAUAGCAAUCAUCAUUGUAAAGCUUGUAAACCCAAAUAACAAGGAUAUACGGGAUAUUCCUGGAUUAGCCCCACCGGCGCUUACCCGGAAGCUUCUGUGGGAUACAAACUAGAGGCUGAGAAUAAGAGUUCAUUCUUUCAUGCCAAAGAGAAAUGCCGGGAUUGGGUCUUAUCGGUUAAGCUGCCGAGUUUUGUUUGGUUGAUGUUUUAAGCAUCUCAAGACCAAUGAGGUGAUUCAGAUUCAACUACAUGCCGAUUGUCAAGUGGUAUUCUAUGAUGAUUCUAUAAGCUGUUUUUUCUAUCUUAUAUUUCUGGUCUCUUAAUUUUCUUUCUUUCUUUUUUAGUCUAAAAUUCAAUAGCAGUUUUUCCCCCCAUUAUGUCAAUGUUAUUCUAGACACUGACCAUUAAUGAAUUGGUGAGAUGUAUAAUAAAUUAAUAAUCCCUCUCUUUCUUCAUUAUGAAGUCCUUUAUUCAUGGAGGAAUGAAAUGGUCAA